AGCCUGGGUUUGGACUCCUGUCCCUUGUUGUUUGGUGGGGGACGGUGGUGUGGAUUCUUUACCUUUCGGUCCUGUGAAAGGAGGCUAAUCCCAGGGCUUUGGGCCGAGAGCCUUGACGUCCAGCCCCUCUCCAGAGCGGGGCCCAGGCCCACGCUGGCCGCACUGUGUGCUGCCAGGUCCUGGGUGGGGCCAUCCUUACUGUCCAUAACCUGAGGUUAGGCCGACCCAGCACUCCAGGUCUCAUGGGGUGCUGCCCAGGCUGGUGGCAGGAGAGCUAAAGUGAAAAGCGCCCACCGUUUCCAGUAAGAGUGAGUUCGGUGUUCCCUGCAGUAGCUGGUGCGUGGGGUGCACUCGAGCCAGCAGGGACGUGUGACUUCCCCUUCUCCCAGGAGCACCUGCUCAGAAUGGCCGUGGGGUGGUUCUACUUGUCCUUCUAUGCCCUGUGGCUCCUGGGCUUGAUGUGCGUCAUCCUCACCAUCUACUGGAUGCAGCUGUGGCACGGGGGCUUUGCCUGGGAUGGCACCAUUCACAUGUUCAACUACCACCCAGUGCUCAUGGUUGUUGGCUUAGUGGUGCUCUACAGCGCUGCCUCACUGGUGUACCGGCUGCCUCAGUCCUGGGCGGGGCCCAAGCUGCCAUGGAAGAUGGGCCACGCGGCCCUGCACCUGCUGGCCUUCAUCCUAACGGUGCUGGGGCUGGUCGCCGUCUUUCAGUUCCACCGCCGCUCCAAGAUCCCCAACCUCUACUCCCUACACAGCUGGCUGGGCAUCGUCACCGUUUUCCUUUUCGCCUGCCAGUGGUUCCUGGGCUUUGUCGUCUUCCUGCUGCCCUGGGCGUCCGAGUGGCUGCGCAGCCUCCUUAAACCCGUCCACGUCUUCUUUGGAGUCAUCAUCCUCUCUCUGUCCAUCGCUUCGGUCAUUUCCGGCAUUAAUGAGAAGCUUUUCUUCAGUUUGAACAACGCCACCAAGCCGUACUCCCAUCUGCCUGGUGAAGCCAUCUUUGCGAACAGCCUGGGGAUGCUGGUGGUGGUCUUCGGGCUCCUGGUGCUCUAUAUCCUCCUGGUUUCAUCUUGGAAACGCCCAGAGCCAGGGACCCUGACUGAAGGACAGCCCCUGUUGCGUGAUGGAGAGUGACACGGGAAGGGGCAGCCAGGAGCAGGUGGAGGUGCUGUCCUGUCCCUCAGCAGCUCUGCUCUGCCUGGGGCUCCCGUCUGGUUUCAGCAACCGAUCGCCUUGGGCUCCGGGCCCAGACCUCUUCGUGCCUCCAUGUGGGGCCCACUCCCUC